AUGGCUGCUCUGCCAGUCCUGCACCCGGCUCGCGGCGGUGCGCCAGCCGCCCGUGCCCCGGGCAAGGCGCCCGGGUGCCGAGAGCGCACCGAGCUGCAGGCGGAGCAGGCUCGGGGCGCCUCAGUACGGCGUCUGCUGCAGUGUCCGCCACGCGGGGCUCUCGUCCCUCCCGGGGGCGGUGGCAGGGACCCCCGCGGGGCGUCCGAGGCCCCGAAGCCCCGCGGAGCCCCGGCUCAGGCAGCGCCCCCGCCGCAGUGCCGGCCGGCUCCGCGAGCCCCGCCGAGGCCGCCCCAUGGCCGGCUCAUCCCCGCGUCCGCGCCGCCGCAGCCCGGGACCCGCUCUCUCCCGCGUGGUUUCCGCAGCCGGCAACUCGCACGCACGAGCCUCUACACCCAGCCAGAGCACGGACCGGCGCGGCUGCGGGGUCCCCUUGCUCGCCCGCCCUCGGCUACGAAUGAAAUAAUCCAGCGGCCACCAGGAGGCCGGCUAAGCACGCGGCUCGGAGGGCGCCGGGCGCGGAUCUCGAGCUGCAGCGCGGCGCCGGCGGCCACGACCCGGCGCCGGCCUUCUCAUUCCGCUGCCAUGUUCGCUCGCAGCGCGGCUCGGGCGGCCUCGGCCCCAGGCCGGCUCGGGCUCCGGGAUCCCGCGGGGACGAGGGCGGAGUUGCGCCUGAGCAGAGCAGAGCAGACGCUAGGUGAGGCGUCCCCGAAGCGGCUGCGGCAUGUGUGUCCACGUCUGGGCGAGCUGGGUUUCCAGACGGAGAGGAAGCCCUGGCCAGAAGCUAUGCCAGUCACUCGACCUCUCGCUUUGGCUUCUUUCGCCGCUUACGCCCCCUCCCGCCCCCCCCCCCCGCCGCCUCACUCCCUAGCCUGCACCCUCAUCCCCACCCUCUGCUCCUUUGGAGGGAGGGGGGCCGGCUGAAGCUCGCCCUGCACCCGCCUGGGCGCAGAUCCUUAGCACCCAUCACACUGGCCUGUAGGUAGUAAGCCCUCAAUAAACAUUUGCUAAAUAAAUGAAUAUUCACCGAGUUUCCACUUUGUGCCCA